GGGGGCCGCCGUGGGAUGGCUCCGCUCCGCCGCCAGCCAAUGGCCGGGAAAGGGGCGAGACGAGGAGGAGGAGGAAGCGAGAGAGCGCGGCCCCUUUUCGGUUCCUCCAGCCGCGGAGGUCGCGGGGAAAGCUGCCCUUUCCAGGCCGGCCGACCGACCGACCAAGCUGCCAGGAUGGGGGGAAGCCAGUCCCUCGGCUUGCCCCACGGGAAGGGCGCCUAUGAAGUCGGCUGCACCGACGUGAUGGUGGGCCAGAGCCCCAAGGGCCUCUUCUUCCGCCUCUUCUACCCCUGUGUCCCUCAGGGUGAAGCCGAGGAGCCUUACUGGAUUCCCCGCUAUGAAUAUUACUCCGGAAUAGCUGACUACAUGAGCUUGAAUAGGAAGUGGUUUGCUCCACUUCUCAGUGUCACAUUUGGAUCGUGUAAGAUCCCUGUAAGAUGGGAUGCACCUUUCCGACCCUGUUUGCACAAGUACCCAUUGAUCAUAUUCUCCCAUGGACUGGGAGCCUUUCGAACCGUAUACUCAGCCAUCUGUAUUGAGAUGGCUUCUCGGGGUUUUUUGGUGAUGGCUCUUGAGCACAGAGACCACUCAGCUUCUGCUACUUAUUUUUGCAAACUGGAUCCAGAAGCACCGGAUCUACACGAGACUCAUGAAGAAUGGCUCACUUACCGCAGGGUACCCAGAGAUCAGAAGGAGUUUCCGUUCCGGAACCCGCAGCUCCAUCAAAGAGCAAACGAGUGCAAACGGGGAUUCAGGCUGAUCCAAAGCAUCAACAGUGGCAAGGCCAUUGCAAACCUUCUGCGCACUGAUUUUGACCUCUCUACACUAAAGGACAAUGUGGAUCUGACCAAAGCCGUUGUCAUGGGUCAUUCUUUUGGAGGCGCGACAGCUGUGCUAGCUCUGGUCAAAGAAGCCCAAUUUAAAUGCGCUGUUGCCCUUGAUGCAUGGAUGUUUCCUUUGGAGAAUUCUGCUUACCCAAAAGUGACCAAGCCAGUGUUGUUUAUCAACACAGAAUCAUUCCAGACUGCAGAGAGCGUGGCCAAGAUGAAAAAAAUCUGCACCACCAGCCGUGAAAGCAAGAUCAUUACAAUCCUGGGUACCGUCCACCAAAGUCAGACUGAUUUCACUUUUCUAGCCGGGAACUUUGUCAAUCGGGUCUACAAGACAAGGGGUACCACUGAUCCCUACAAAGGCCUGAAUAUCACCAACCAGGCUGCUCUGGCUUUCUUACAAAAGCAUCUCCAGCUCAAAGAAGAUUUUGACCAGUGGGAUAAUCUUCUGGAAGGCAUAGGCGACUCAGUGGUCCCGGAUAGUCCCGUGUCAAAGUCUAGCCUCUAGGCAAGAAAUAUCUGUCCCCGAAUUGUUUUGGGGUAUCUUCUGGAUUUUCUCCCCUUCCUUUGAGGGGAUCCUUGAUCUAAAAUUGCUCUCCAGAUGUUGGACCUUCUGCAGAAUUGCUCUUCAUGAUGAUGGACAUGUUGCUGAGACCUCCUGCUACGAAGGCUUCGCUUCUUUAGGAAGCAUCGUCUACUGCCUAGAAACAUUUUGAGUUAUUGCCUUAAAUGUGCCUCUCCUUCUCCCAGGACUACAGCAAGAGCUUAAGAAAAGGAUGGAUCUAAUUGUGAGUGAAGAAAUUGAAAUAAGUUGGGGUGGGUGGAGGUGUAGCCCUCAGGGAAAUCUGUUUGCACUUCAAAGUAAAAUAUAGCAGGAAAACCACUGCUGCUCUGCUUGCAGGAUCCUGAUCGCAUCCUUUUCCAACUUGCCUUGGAAACAACUCUUCAGAGCCAUUGCAACUUCAAACAAUCGCUAAACAAAUGAUUGUAAAUCAAGUACUACCUCUUCUUGGUAAAUCCUCAGUUUCUUCAGUGUAAUCUAUAUUUACAAUUGCAAACCCGUUUGUACACCUUAGAUCAGGGGUGACAGACUGGAUUUCUUCGAGGACGGGAUCAGCAUUGUAGUUCUUCACAGGUCAGGGGAGGGUGGGGGAAAUGACAGCCUGGAGGGCGGGAUGGACACUUCCUGCAGGACCCUGCUGGCCAAAAUGGGGCGUGGCGUGGUCCCAUUUUUGGCCUGAACAGCCUCCUGCUUUGCUGGCUGUGGAAUUCUGGGAGAUGAAGUCCACAAGUCUUGAAGUUGCCAAGGUUGGAGACCCCUGAUCUAAAGGACCAUCAGACUUCUGUGGUUUACAUCCAGCCCAAGUAAUUGGACAGAGUGACCAUGUUCCAGGUCAUCUAUUAAGCAGUGUCUUCAACGUAUCUUCUCCUCCAUCACAGCGCUUGACUGUGGGACACCUUCUCUCUGUCCCCUACUUUAGCCAUGUUCAAAAGACCUCUAAAAAACCUGACGCUUUCUCCAGGGUUUGGGUUAAGAGACAGUAGCAGCCUCCGCGUGUUUGAUGGUCUUUUAAUAGUUAUGUUCCUUCUGGCAUGGGGGGGGGGCGAGGGAUAGGGUUC